CAUCACAGUGAUUGCCACCUCCCUUGGACUACUUUAGGCCCUGCCCAGAGCCCUGGAGUCCAGACAGCCCGGGAGAGGAGCAGGAGUUGGAGCCCAAGUUGGAGAGAGAGGAGAAGCCUGCUGCAGCCAGGUCAAGAAACAGAUCAUUGCCAGUACCCCAGAAGUCUGUUCCUGAUCACCUCUGCCUUCUGCCCCACCAGAGGAGGUGAGGACAACAGGAGGUCUUUGGUGUGCCCUCAGAAGUCCGCCUUCAAUUCUCACCCAGCCACUCUGAGAAUGGAGUGGAGACGGGAGCUGUUUCUCAACUUCACCGUUGUCCUGAUUACAGUUCUCCUUAUGUGGCUCCUUGUGAGGUCCUAUCAGUAGUGAGAGGCCAUGCCACGCUCCUGGGAUUGACUGCAACACUCCAGAGCUGCCUGCUGUAUGCCCUGAGACCUCACCGCUGUCAUGGGAUGCCUUUCCUGGCACCCCAAGACAUUUCUGACCUGCACUCACAAUAUCUGAGGUGCCUCCAGUGCUAGGAUCGAUUGUGUGUUCUCUAAGGAUGCUGCUCUCAAGGGCUCCCAAGCGUUUGCCUGCGAGCAUUAGAUUUAUUCCCCCAACUCUUACUGCAAACAUGUUAGACAAGCCACAAGGUUAAAAUUAAACUGGAUUCCCGGUGAUGUAGAAUUGUAACAAGCCUCUGAUCUGUCUUACCACACGUCCCUUCAACCCACACUGUCUGCAACCAAACUCUAAAUCAACCUGCCAGAAGAAAGAAAUGUUAGACCAAGUCUUUGUCAGCUCCUAUAGCUACUGUGUGAAUAAAGUUAAGUCAACCACAAAAA